CGUCUUGGCCACUUUUGUUCCGUAUUUCUUUCUCCUCAACAUCUAACCCCAUGGCCUCCACUGCGACGUCAGCCAUAGAAGCUAGCAAGAGUCUCGAUAGUACGUCGUCGGCUGUGACCAGUAAUACAGCAAGUUCGCCACCUAGUAGUGAUGGGUUCGCGACUCCGGCAACAAGUGCUUAUGGUAAAGAGGAGGAAGAUAACACAACACUAGGAGAAGGUGGUAAAGUGGUUGAAAGACCAUCAUACCGGUCUAUCUAUACCUCCCCACCUCCAAUCAAGCAGUCUUACAAGCCAUCGGAAUCGCUCGACGAUAUACCGGGUCUGGCAUAUGCCCUCGAUUUGUUUCUGGCUUCGCACAUGGUGGAAGCGGAGCAGUAUUGUGUCGAGAAGGACGAGAAGAUGGAACGAAUGUAUUUUGCGACGGGUUUUGGACUUAUUCAAUGUGUUAAAGGGUUGAUGUCGUACGCAGAUGAGGACCUUCUCUCUGGGAUCGGGCAUACAAAACACGGGAACCACAUCGCCUCUCAGCAUCGCAAGAAAGCUGCUUCCUUCACUUCACGUUUGGCCGGUUACGUGGUCUCCUCCCUAAACACCCAUGGAGUCGGUUUCAUUAAGAGCAUGACGGAUCUGGAGAGGCACGCGGAGCUUACAUAUGCAGAGAGCCUGUUCGAAAAGGCUUUACUGGGUAUCGUUUACUCCGGUGACUGGCUAGCCUUCAUCAAAGAAGCCCUCAACAUGCGAGCCAUCAUCGGCAUCUAUCGAAAUCUUUACAAAUAUAUUACCACUAUGGAUGCGGAAUAUGUUGCAACUCUUCCGGACUCGUCGAUCAAGGAGGACCCCUUGAUUGACGUUCAUUUUCGUUCAGGCGUUUAUCUCGGAGCUGGAUUGAGCACUCUCAUCUUGAGUUUAUUGCCAGCCAAGUUAUUGACCAUCGUCGAGAUGUUUGGUUAUCAUGGGGAAAGAAAAGAAGCACUAGAGAUUCUAUGUAAGGCUGGUGGGUGGACAAAGGACAGUAGCGAACCUAGUGUGAAUACAGAGGAAGAAGGUCUUAGAAGGUCAAUAUGCGACAUGGCCCUGCUAGUGUUCCAUUUGGUGCUUUCUAGCUUCACGUUCGACGGUGUCGACAUCAGUAUGGCCCAGAAGAUUGUUGAUUGGAAUCUGAAGCGAUAUCCUGAUGGUGUAUUCUUCCUCUUCGGAGCGGGACGACUUUCUCUUAUACGGUCCCAACCACAACGGGCCAUUCAACACUACACGCAUGCCAUGGAAGUGCAGACACAGUAUAGGAACCUGCACCAUAUCUCAUUUUGGGAAAUCGCAAUCUGCAGCUUGGCUUUAUGGGACAUCAGUGGUAGUGAGAAGGCUUGGAGAACCCUAGAACGGGAGGCCACAUGGUCGAAAGCUAUCUACACGUAUGGUCUAGCGGUCUGUCUCUUGGAGUUGUCUGAUAAGGAGUCGGAUAAGCGUGAAGAGAGACGUAAAGAACUCGUGGCAUUCAUGGAGAAGGUGCCGAAUUUGAAGCAACGGAUUGCUGGGAAGAGUAUCCCGCUCGAGAAAUUCGUCGCUCGUAAAGCACGCAAGUUCCAAUCCCAGGAAGGUCGCCUUGCACUUCCGGCUCUAGAGAUAGCGUAUAUCUUUCUUGGGAUCGCCCAUGCACCUCCAAGAGUGGUCAGCGAGAAGAUGUUACCGGAGGUUAGGCAGUUAUUGAAGAAGCUCGAGGCGUGUGGCGGAGAUCCGAAGAAGUAUGAAGGAGGGGUUGGGUACUGGGACGAUUAUUGUCUCGCCAAGUUCUUGGAGGGUGUAUGUUUGAGAUAUAUCGCGUACCCGGACCCUGAUGCUGAACUGGAACCCGAUGAUGUUGCUAAAAUAGCGAAGGAAGAAGCAGAGAAGAACGCCGCCGAUGCGUUCAAAUUUGUGUUUGAACAUGGACCGAGUAUCGAGUUGGAUCAUCAUUUGGUUUAUCACGCUCAUUACGAGCUGGGAAGAUUACUGGUAUGUCAAGGAGAUAUAGAAGGCGGCAAGAAGCAUUUCGAUAUGAUCAUAUCUGGAAAAUAUUUGGAAGUCGGGCCGUCUGGUAGGAAGGGCAAGUAUAGUAUGGAGAAUGCUCUACACAUGCGGACACAUGCUGCAAUAGACGAUCUACCCUAGGCUAAUACGGCCGCUGGCUUAUUGCUUCAUUCUAUAUUUACCUCGAUAUGCGUGCAGAAUUCGUUUAUUGCAUAAUGGCUCGACUUUUCAUAUUGAACACUCACAUUUGCAUAUACCCCCUUCUUUGAUCACCACGUCUCACUCUUCGUUUUUCCUCGUUGUGUUACUGACUCUCUGAAUUCUUGAUUGUAUGUACUUACUUUAUUUCAUAUCUAUCAAGUCCACAGUUCUAUUCGUUUUCUCGGUACGGGAACGCGCUGCCACAUGGGAUAAUUUAAUUCUGUAACUCGGGCGCUCCCCUGUCACUGCCUCAAACAGACUCCUCUGAAACUACCCCCCCCUUCUUUCUCUUCUCAGCUCCACCAUUAAUAUGACUUCCAAUGCUGGAGGCCCGUACGAUAAGAGCCUCCUCAGCGAUGCACCAGCCGUGACUAAACAAAUGCGUCAGGAAGGUUACAACCCCGACAUUCUUCAAGCCCGAGCUCUCCUGAAUGAAAACAAGCCAGCCAACUACUCUCAUGAACAUCUC